AGGGUUUUUGGCUAUAUAUAUGUGUACGAGAGAGGGAGGGAAAAGGUCGCGGCGGCAACUGGUGAAGGGGAAAGCGACGCGCUGAUAGCAACCGCUCGGCCGAAAUGGGUAUCUCACGGGACUCCAUGCACAAGAGGCGCGCCACUGGAGGCAAGAAGAAGGCCUGGAGGAAGAAGAGAAAGUAUGAGUUGGGAAGGCAGCCAGCAAACACAAAACUUUCAAGCAACAAGACAGUGAGGAGGGUUCGAGUUCGAGGAGGCAAUGUAAAGUGGAGGGCCCUUCGGUUGGAUUCUGGGAACUAUUCAUGGGGAAGUGAAGCUGUGACUCGCAAGACCCGUGUCCUCGAUGUGGUCUAUAAUGCUUCAAACAACGAGCUUGUGAGAACACAGACCCUUGUGAAGAGUGCCAUUGUGCAGGUUGAUGCUGCUCCCUUCAAACAGUGGUACUUCCAGCAUUAUGGCAUCGAGAUUGGUAGGAAGAAGAAGGCUCCAACGGCUUCCAAGAAAGAGGCAGCAGAGGAGGGUGAAGCUGCCGUGGAGGAAGGCAAGAAGAGCAAUCACGUCACCAGGAAGCUUGAGAAGAGACAGCAGGGAUGUAAACUUGAUCCUCACAUCGAGGAGCAAUUUGGGGCAGGAAGGUUGUUGGCUUGUAUAUCUUCCCGCCCUGGGCAAUGUGGAAGAGCUGAUGGAUACAUAUUAGAAGGAAGGGAGCUUGAGUUCUACAUGAAAAAGAUCCAGCGGAAGAAGGGAAAGGGCACAGGGGCUGCUGCUUAAGAGUUUAUGCCACUUCUGUCUGGUGUUCCAUGGGUAUUUUCUCAACGAUAUAGAUGUGUUUCUCGUUUGUUUCAGGUUUUGAUUUUAAAUUUAGACGGAUGCUUGCUUAUUGAAAAUUUUGACAUACAAGCUAUGAGAGACGAUAACAUUUACUUUA